GCAAAAGUUGCGAGAUGGUAAAUCAUUGUAUUAGUGUGAAAAGGUUUGUAGAGUUCAGAAGACAUUAAAAUGAGAUUUAUAACUCUAGUGUUGUUACUUGUGUUAUCCGUCAUCCUGUUGGUGCAAGCGACCGACAAACCUCAUCAUUAUGAUGUGGAUGAUGCUCAAGCGUUAUUCGAUCAAUAUGUUAAAGAUUUCAAAAAGACUUACAAGGACGAUAGGGACAGAGAGACUCACUUCAAGCAAUUUAAGAAAAAAUUACAGGUAGUAAAUGACCUGAACGACAAGAAUUAUCCUCAGAUUUCAUUUGGUAUAAAUCAGUUCAGUGAUCUAAGCGAAGACGAAAUGAAGAUUAUGCACGGAUUUAAUGCACAUAAACGUAAGAGUACUGGAAUGUAAUUAAAUCUUCAGCCAUAUCGACAUCCUGUUUUGAAGUUAUUCCACAUACACAUUUCUAUAUACAAUGCAAUACAGUUGCAAUGGUCAACGAUGAAAUAAAAACAUAAAGACAACAAUA